AUGCUGCGCAGCCCUCCGCGCCCGCGGCCCGCCCCGCCGCCCCACAAGACCCCGUUCCACAUCGAAGCGCUGCUCGCCCGGGACCCGCCGCGCCGCGGCCCCGCCGCCUUCUCCUCCGCUCCCCCGGCCCCGGUGGUCCCGCACUGGCCCGCGGCGGGCCUCGGGCUGGGGUUGGGACCGGGACCGGGGCCGGGACCCGGCGGUUGGGGCUGGGGCUGGGGCUGCGCGGCCGUGCGGGGCGGUGCAGGUCUGGAGUUGUCUCACUGUGUAGGAGCCAACUCACUGGGCCCUGCUGUGCCCUGGAGGGCCGGGGGGCCCUGCAAGAUGAAGAGGGUCCGCACUGUCUUCAAGCCUGAGCAGCUGGAGCGGCUGGAGCAGGAGUUCCUCAAGCAGCAGUACAUGGUGGGCACGGAGCGAGUGGACCUGGCUGCAACCCUGCACCUCACAGAGACUCAGGUGAAAGUCUGGUUCCAGAACCGGCGGAUCAAGUGGAGGAAGCAGAGCAUGGAGCAGAAGGCAGCAAAGCUGUCCCAGUUCGGGGUGAUACAACCUGCCACCGCGGACUCGACUGACAUCAAGGACCACGAGGAGGACACCGUGGACGUUGAGCUUUGAACAGCUAUGAGACUCAGCUGCCACUGGUGGUUUCUGAGCCGUGUCUGCUGGAAGGAGAUACUGGGGAUGCAGGAACAUCUUUGCUCCAAGUGAGACACGCUCUUGAUCCAAAAGUUGGAGCUACACAACUAAACUGCAGCUGGCUGGGAGGAACCCCCCGAAUAUUGUUGGGGUGCUGUUUGGUAGCCACAUGCUGGCAUUCCUGGGGCUUCCAUCACCAGGCUGGUUGUACUUGAAGGUACCAUAGCUAUGGCAUGGUACAUAGCAUGUGAUCUGUUUGUUCUUGAAGGACCAUGAACAGUUACCAGCAGAGAAGCUGGGGUGGGUGACAAUCAUACGGUGUCUCUGGCUGUGAGCAGAAGGGCAUUUAAACAUGGGGUCACUUGUGUUGUGUGUGGUUGCGUGCUCCUAGGAGGGAGAUCUGUGGUUUUCCUUGGAGGAGAAUCAACCCUGAUUGGUUUUUUUCUGGUAAACUCUCAUAUUUGAUGCUUAGACCACCACAAAACCCUCUAUGACAAUUGGAAAGCCCUUUGCUCCCACCCACCGACUACCAUUGCAAUAAGAUGCACAGGGUCUGAUCCUGCCCCUGGAACAGAAUUGCCUCCUCUUGUCCUGUGCCUUG